UUGGUCGACCUGCGAGAAUAGGAAGUGUCGAUCAGUAGUAGGGGCUUAGGGUAGCUAAGUAGUAUCUGGUUAAUAUAAAGGAUAAAGAUUCACCGUUUUGCCGUUAAACUCGGACAUUUUGAAGUACCGAGAGGUACUCGGAAGCCAUUUAUUUAACCAGAGUGUUGCGUCUGUUGCGAAUAUUGCGCUGUUUGGUUGUGCUGUGUGGCUGUGUAACACUAGCUUGUUAGCUAUCUGAACGUCAAUUCAGCAGGCACUACUCUGCUAGCGUAGCUUUGCUUUGGAGUUCGGUAGCUUGUUUGACAGCUACAGUAGCUCAAAUUAACCACGUUGUUAUACAGAGAAAAUACGGUUACGUUUUAGUGAGCGUGUGUGUGUGUGAGUUUAUUUAUGCUACGGAUCACAGUGCGCCUCCACUGCUGCUGAAUGUGUGGCGAUAGAAAUAGCCGCAGCUACAGCUAGCAGACUGUUAGCUCGUCAACAAUGGGCUAUAAGAGGCAUUUAAAGACCGCAAGGACGUUUUAUUGUUUCACCAUUCUGCUGCUGGUCUUCGUCAAAGGAAUAACAGCUGAUGAAGAGCAGCACGGUAAUGAAGGACCAGAGCUGAAGUCGUACCAUGACCCAGACUCUGAAGAGGAAGACGUUCGUCUGGCGUCGGGAAUUGUGGCUGGUGCUUCUGUGACCUCUGCUCGUGAAGUCUCCCAAGACGAGAAACAGACACCUGACGAUGGACUGGAGGGAGAGGAGAAGGAGGACCUGCCUGAACAGCCUCCUCCAGUUGAGGAGAAAUCUAAAGAGGUUCCUGUUGUGAAUGGAGGUACAGCCCAUGGAGAGCCCUGCAUCUUCCCCUUCCUCUUUCAGGGGAAGGAAUACUUGGACUGUACCACUGAUGGACGGGGGGAUGGACGGCUGUGGUGCGCCACAACCUACGACUAUGACCAGGAGAAGAAGUGGGGUUUCUGUGAGACGGAGGAGCAGGCGCAGCAGAGACUGCAGGCGGAGGAGGCUGAGGAGCAGUAUCAGACUGUCCUGCACAUGCUCAAUGCCACCACCAGGAAAACCCAGAAGAAAGAAUUAUAUGAAAAGCUACUGAAAGUAGCAGAGAAGGGCCACCAGAAAGCCAUGGAGAAGGUGGCGUAUGCCAUGCUGUUUGGAGACUACAUGAACCAGAAUGUCACCAAGGCCAAAGAAAUGUUUGAGAAGCUUGCAAUAGAGGGCUCACCUAAAGCUCAGACGGCUCUUGGCUUUCUGUACGCAGCAGGACUUGGAGUUAACUCGAGUCAGGCAAAGGCCUUGGUUUACUACACCUUUGGGGCACUAGGUGGAAACUUGGUAGCUCAUAUGAUUCUGGGAUACAGAUACUGGGGAGGUGUUGGUGUUCCCCAGAGUUGUGAGUCUGCACUAACACACUACAGGCUUGUGGCAAAUCAGGUGGCCAGUGAUGUAUCCCUCACAGGGGGCUCAGCGGUGCAGAGGAUCAGGCUGCUGGAUGAGGUGGAGAACCCGGGAUCUACCAGUGGGAUGUUGGAGGAGGACUUGAUCCAGUAUUAUCAGUUUCUAGCUGAGAAAGGAGAUGUACAAGCUCAGGUUGGGUUAGGUCAGCUACACCUGCAUGGAGGACGUGGAGUAGAACAGAAUCAUCAGAGGGCGUAUGACUACUUCACACAGGCUGCAAACGCAGGGAAUACACAUGCUAUGGCUUUCCUCGGCAAGAUGUACUCGGAAGGCAGCGACUAUCUCCCUCAGAACAACGAGACAGCCCUGCAGUACUUUAAGAAGGCCUCUGACCUGGGUAAUCCAGUGGGGCAGAGUGGCCUCGGUAUGGCCUACCUAUAUGGAAGAGGUGUCCCAGUGAACUAUGAGCUGGCACUGAAAUACUUCCAGAAGGCAGCAGAGCAGGGCUGGGUGGACGGACAACUCCAGCUGGGCACCAUGUAUUACAAUGGCAUUGGUGUGAAGCGUGAUUACAAGCAGGCACUUAAAUUCUUCAACCUGGCCUCACAGGCAGGCCACAUCCUGGCCUUCUACAACUUGGCCCAGAUGCAUGCGACUGGUACUGGUGUGAUGCGCUCCUGUCACACUGCUGUGGAGCUUUUCAAGAAUGUGUGUGAGCGCGGCCGCUGGUCAGAGCGUCUCAUGACGGCCUACGGCAGCUUUAAGGAGGGUGAGACGGAUGCUGCGCUGGUCCAGUAUCUGCUGCUGGCUGAGCAGGGCUAUGAGGUGGCCCAGAGCAAUGUGGCCUUCGUUCUGGACCAGAAAGGAGCAAAGAUUUUCAGUGAGAAUGAGACCUACCCUCGUGCUUUGCUGCACUGGACAAGAGCUGCAGCACAAGGUUACACUGUGGCAAGAAUAAAACUAGGGGACUACCACUUCUACGGCUACGGAACAGAUGUGGACUACGAGACAGCUGUCAUCCACUACAGACUGGCAUCAGAGCAGCAGCACAGUGCCCAGGCCAUGUUUAACUUGGGUUACAUGCAUGAGAAAGGCCUUGGCAUCAAACAGGACAUCCAUUUAGCCAAACGUUUCUACGACAUGGCAGCAGAAGCCAGUCCUGAUGCCCAGGUCCCAGUUUUUCUGGCCUUGUGCAAGCUGGGUCUGAUUUACACUCUGCAGUACCUGCAGGAUCUUAACUUGAAGGAGCUGAUUUCUCAGGUGGACCUGGACCAGCUUCUGGGCCCGGAGUGGGACCUCUACCUCAUGACCGUCAUCGCCCUGCUGUUAGGCACAGUCAUCGCCUACAGACAGCGCCAACACCAAAUCAUAGUUCCCCCUCGCCCACCUGCCCCUGCCCCUGCCCCUGCCCCCGUGGAGCAGCUGGUGCUUACUAACUAAAUACCUGCUAGUUUGAGCACCUCUCCCACUCUGCCUGCUCCCCUCCACUUGCUAAAAGAAGACUGAGAUGGCUGCUGACCUGUGCAGUCUCACAACUCCCUUUCUCCAUUUCAAAUAUGCUGGUCCUGUGUUGAAGAAAGGCAGUGGGGGUGUUUAUGGACAAUGCUACAGAACAGAGUGUUAGGAUAACACAGACUUGUGACUCAGGAUACUGCCAGAAGCACCCGUGUCCAUCACAUGGAAAAAGCCUUGCGAUUGCCAGAUCAAAGGCAUUUUGUGACUUGACUAAUCAACAUAGUCAACAUAGUUGGAAUCUGAUAUGAGUAUUAGUUUCUUCUCACGUUCGUUUUUUUUGUUUUUUUUUGAGAAAGUAACACCCAAAACUGCUUCAAUCAAAAAUUCAGGCAGGAAAACGGGAACUAGAAUAAUUUCAUUUGCGAGUUGCUAAAGAAAGUCAUGUUUCUGCAUGUUUUCUCUCAUCAUUUUGCAGACUUUCAUUUUAGGCACCUUUUUUUUCCCCAGAUACUGAACAAGUGAACAAAUGUUGCAUUCAUUAUUUGUUUAGUUGACAUGUCAGGUCAGUUACCUGUUACAUACCUGCAAUUCACAGAAACAGUUUGUGUCCAUUCAACAUUAGUAACAAUGCUAAACUGUGCUAAAGCCACGUUAAUGUCAUUAAUAUAAGAAUAAGAAACCUGUUAAGAGGUUUACUUUAAAUAAUAGAAACUUGGACUGGUUAGAUAAUUUUAAGUACACAGGUGGAGACAUCUUCAACAUGGCAGACACGCAGAGAACGAAUGAGAAUCUGCUGAAGUCAGUCAGAACUAAGCUGCCGCUGAAAUCCUUGAUGCAGAUCCUGUUUGAAAAUUCAUCCAGACGCGUCCCUCUCCAAGAACAGUGACAGCAGAGUGCGCAGGCUUUUAAAAAUUCAAGUUAAAGAGCAAAUGUCAGAAAAACUGAUGUAUAGAGUUCAGUAAAAGACAGGGGAGAACAGUUUUAGAAGGUGUACUGUACGGUGGUGAGAUAUUUUCGUCAGGUUUUGAUUUCAUUCUAGUGGUUGGUUUUUGGAAGGUAGCUCAAUAGUUACUCUUCCCACAUGCCCUGUGUUUUGUUUUGUUUUUUGUUAAGCCUUGUGUUAGCCGAGGCGUAAACUGGAGCAGCCUUAAAUAUAGCAGCGCCUCGAACUCUGGAUUGUUUCUACAUUAGAGGAAGUGGAUUAGUUUUUUUGUGUGUGUUUGGUUACACAACUUCAGCUGUUGUGAGAAUUUCCACCCCCUCACCAAAAGUCCAAGUUGGAGCUCAAUGCUCUGCCUACACUUUUCAGCUCAGAUGGACCUCAAAUGAAGAAAUACAGCCAUGGUUAGGCCAGACAGUAUUUAUCAAAACAAGAUUAGAAACUUCAGAUUUUGCCAAACGCAGUCCAUUUGUUCAGUUCCACAAUAUGUGCUUGUUGUAUGAAUUAUUGAGAAGUUAUCUGCCAAUACAUCUGCAUGAAGUGUAUGAAGUCAAAAAAAAGGACCGUAAAUUGUCAUUUGCAGGAGGAAAAUGAAUUAUUCCAAACUGUUUCACAGAAAUAUUCACACAUCGAUGGCAACACAACUCAACAAUUUGUCUCAAAUGAAACACUGAUCAAGAUUGUCGAGAAGACUGCAUUUUUACCAUCUCAAAUACAAGUUUAUAAAGAAAUUAAUAAAUGAUAUAUGGAUAUUUAA